UGUUGUCAGUUAACUAGUUCAUUCUUCUCAUUUAUCAGUAAUUCCGCUUCAAAGAUGAAGAUUCUCCGAAUUGUUUCUGUUUUAAUCAUAUGUGCUAUUAAAACGGUGCUUUCUAUACCAAAUUCAAAAGUAAUUCGUAAAUCAGCCAGAAAAGCUGCUCAAAAACGUUCUAAAAGAUACACCGUUCUGUAUCCAUGGAUUCCAUUCAAUACUUGCAUUGCAUUUGCUGUUGUACUCGCCAUUCCGCUGCAAUUGAAAGGUCGCAAUGUUUAUAUGUCGUAUAAUUUCGAAACCAGUUUCUACAUGCCAUACUUUGAUAGGACUCAAGGUCUUGUGCCAUUACCAUUUGCUACAAUUGAUGCACCAGCUGUAAACCAGGGUACAAUUUUAUUCUAUGCAAAUGGAGGUGAAGUACGUGAACUAAAUGGUGAUGAAGAUGUUGUGAAUGAACCGAGUCAAAAUGAAACUCUUAGUGUAAAAACCAAAUCACCGGUCAAUUCAACCAAUUCUACGGAAGCGGAAGAUCCAAUAACUGACGAUAGUGUGUCUUUCAAAAAAUCCAACUCCACGACAAAUUCAACUGGGAAAAAUCAGAAAUCAAAGCAAUCGAAAAAAAAGCCAAAACAGAAGAAGAGAGUAAACCGUGAGAUUCUGUCAACGCUGCUGUCGCGCAAAAAACUUUACAAAAUUCUCGAACAUAAAUUGGAGAUGGCUGGGUUCAAUGGAGAAGAGUGUGUGUUGAAAACGAUAUGUGAGACAUCCGAUAAUCCGUUUGCCGAACACAAUGGAGUUUUGGGUGAUAUAUUGCACGUAAUUUUUACGCCCACAACAUCGAGAGACGAGAAAUUGCCGCAGCAAUAUUAUGAUGCAAUUGAAGAUGGUAAAUCUGGACGCUGUCGAUAUUACAAUACAUUAUGCCCGAAGGGAAUAUUGGAUUUCAUUACAAAAACAAUGCAAUAAAAUGAACGCAGAACAGAAAAAGAACAACCACAAAAAAAUCCAUUUUCUCUUAACGCAC